AUGGACGACUUUACGACCGAGAUUAUUGCCUCCGCAGAGGACGCGAAUGCAGGCGAGGGCGGUUCACAGCCCAGCCAGCACGACAAGGACAACCAGCAGCAAGCACAGAAGAAAGGAUGGGGCGGGCUGGCUGGUUUGCGAGACAGGACGUCGCUUCAAGACCGGUUGGUAGACAGGCUGCUCCAGCAGGUGAUGCCAAUCGAUGGCUCGGUACAGGACAACAGCGAAGCGGUGCCGAACCCUUUUGAACGGCCCAACUUUAACCUGACGAUCAUGUCCAACAACUUCCGGCGGUUCAACUCGCGUAUCGGAGUUGUGUUUCGGUUCCAAGACAAGGUCGAGGCUCUGCUGUCCUGGCAGACCACCUCGCAUACAGUUUCCUACCUUGCCAUCUUGACAUUUGUCUGUCUCGAUCCUUACCUACUUGCAGCGCUGCCCAUAGGUAUCCUAGUGUUUGGCAUUCUUAUACCGGGAUUUGUAGCGCGACAUCCGGCACCCCCCAAAGGGACUCUAUCAAGCGAACAGAGCAUAGGAUACUCCCCAACUGGACCACCCUUAGCACCAGCCGCAACGCCAAAGCCUGCCAAGGAGCUCAGUAUGGACUUUGUACGAAAUGCGCGAGAUUUACAAAACCAAAUGGGCGACUUCAGCAAUGGAUAUGACAAGGUGGUGGAACUUCUGGUCCCCAUUGCCAACUUUAGCAACGAGGCACUAUCGUCGACUGUAUUCUUAUUCGCUGUCCUCGGGGGCAUCGUCAUGAUCCUCGCCGCACACAUGCUCCCAUGGCGGUUCAUAUUCCUCAUCGCCACCUGGACGCCUGUAAUUCUCUGCCACCCAACUGUCACAAAAUUACUCCACGAAGCCCGGAAGAGCCAAGGCAAUGUUCAAGAAGCGCUGGCAAAAACAUGGCUAGACAACUGGAUCGCCGACGACGUGAUUCUUGAUUCCGCGCCCGAAACGCGCGAAGUCGAGAUUUUCGAGCUUCAGCGCAAAUCAGCGGCCGGCGAAUGGGAAUCCUGGGUAUUCUCCCCCAACCCCUACGACCCGCUCUCUCAGGCUCGCAUUACGGGUGACCGACCGAAGGGCACGCGGUUCUUCGAGGACGUGAUGCCGCCUACGGCGUGGGAGUGGAGCGAGAAGAAGUGGGCUUUGGACCUCUGGAGCCGCGAAUGGGUUGAAGAACGUAUCAUUACGGGAGUUGAGGUUGAGACGGAGGGGGAGAGGUGGGUGUACGACAUUUGGAGCGACAAGGAGGAGAGGACGGGGGUGAUUGAUACGCCUGAGCCGGUGAAGAGUAAGGAUAUGGCGAUGCGGCAGACGAGUUGGGAGGAAGGGGAGGAUACCAUAGAGAGAAGGGGAGACUGGCGGAGGAGGAGAUGGGUGCGGUUGGUUAAGCGGAAGGCAGCUCCGGACACUUCAUGA